AUGGCGGCCCUGCCCGUGGAGGAGGAGGAGGAGGCGGAGGAGGAGGAGGAGUGGGCGGAGGUGGAGGUGGCGGAGCGUGAGCGGCGGCGGGAACUGGUGGUGUCGGGGUCCGCCGCGGCGGGGCGGGUGCGGGCGUCGGGGGGCCGCCUGCCGCCGCGCCUGCUGCGCCUUCGCUGGCUGCAGCACCUGGAGGUGAGCGGCUGCGGGGAGCUGCGGGCGGCGGGGCCGGGCCUGGCCCGCGCCCUCCCCCACCUGCGGAGCCUCGUCCUGCGCCGCAACCGGCUGGGGCCGGCGCUGGGGCCCGGCCUGGGGGGCCUGACCCACCUCACCCUCCUCGACCUGUCGGACAACCAGCUGGAGGGCCUCAGCCUGGGCCCCGACGACGACGGCGACCCUCCGUCCUCCUCCUGCCCCGCCCUGCCGCAGCUGGUCAGCCUGGACCUGAGCCGCAACCGUCUGAGCGCGCUGCCCUCCGGGCUGGGCCUCGGCGUCGCCCCGCGCCUCCACAGCCUGCUGCUCCCCCACAACCGGCUGGCCGCCCUGCCCGACGCCCUCUGCCCCCCCGGGGCGCUGCCCCUGCUCGCCCGCCUGGACGCCAGCCACAACCGCAUCGCCGACGUCGCGCCCGCCCUCGCCCGACUGCCCGCGCUCAAGACGCUGGAUCUCUCCGAUAACGAGCUGACCGAGAUCCCCGUGGAGUUCGCCGACUGCCCCAAGCUCAAGGAGAUCAACUUGAAAGGGAACAAACUGAAAGACAAACGCCUGGAGAAGAUGGUCAACGGCUGCCCGACCAAGUCCAUCCUGGACUACCUGCGUGUGGGCGGGCGAGGAGGCGGCAAAGGGAAGGGGAGACCGGACCACGCGGACAGAGGAGAAGCCCGGAAGAAAAAGCGGGAGAAAAAGCCGAAGAAGGAGAGCGGGGAGGGAGAGGAGGAGCUGGACGAGGUGCAGAAACUGCUCAUCCGGAUCCUACACGUCUCGGAGAACCCGGUGGCCGUGACGGUGAAGGUUUCCGCCGAGGUCAAAGACGUCCGCCCCUACAUCGUGUGCGCCGUGGUGCGGGGAAUGAACCUGAAGCCGGGAAACGCCCUGAAGCGGUUUCUCUCCGCCCAGACCAAACUCCACGAAGACAUGUGCGAGAAGAGAACAGCGGCCACCAUAGCGACCCACGACCUCAAGCUGAUCAAAGCCCCCCUGCUGUACGGAGCCCGGCCCCCUCAGAAUUUCAAGAUCGUGCCCCUCGGACGGAAAGAGAUCAAGGCGAAGGACCUGGUCCGCCAGCUACAACAAGAGGCCGAGGAGCAACGGAAGCAGAAGAAGCGACAGACUGUCUCCGGCCUGCACAAAUAUAUCCACCUCUUGGAUGGAAAAGAAAACUACCCUUGUCUGGUCGAUGCCGAUGACGUCGUGAUUUCCUUCCCUCCGAUCACAAACAGCGAGAAGACGAAGAUUAAAAAGACAACUUCGGACCUGUUCCUGGAAGUGACCAGUGCCACCAGCCUGCAGAUCUGCAAAGAUAUCAUGGACACUCUCAUUCUGAAAAUGGCAGAGCUCAACCGAGUCACUCUAGAAAGCGAGGAAGAGUCUGUCUCCGACUCGGAACUCGAUGCGUCAUCUGGGCCCAUAAGCCCCAAGCUGGCCCUGAACUCUGAGAAAGAAGGAAACUCUCCCCUAAUUGUAGAGCAGGUUCGUGUGGUAGAUUCGGAAGGCGGCUUGAAGGUCCUGUAUCCUUCCAAAACCGACCUGGAUAUCUCUGCUUCCUACGUGACCGUAAUCCGUUGAUAGAAACGGCAUGGCUAUGGGUAGCCGUGGGCUGUUUAUAAAAUAUCUUGGAGGUCUCUUUUUUUUUUUUCAUCUUUUACAAGAGCUUGUAUAUGGUAUAAUUAAAUUAUUCACUACAUUUUACACCCCCGUAUCUUUUAUAAGAAAAAAAUGUAACGUUUUGGUUUUUGAAGACGUCUGUAAUGGUACUAGUGACCGUUACACCCCUCACUCCUUAAAGAACCAAACGGCUAAGAACUCAAGUUUUGAAACCCAGAAGCCCAACAAUCCAGAUUUGAUUGAGAAUGUAAAAGUGCUUUUCUUUCUUUUAUUUUUGGAACACCAUCGGAGUGUUAGCCUCUGACUUGCAGUGGGGCUGCCGCCCAUCUUGGGGAACUCAGAAGUUAAAUAAAGUGACGGUUGCUUGAUCUUA